AUGUCUCAGGAGAAAAUCCAAGCAACAGGCCCUGGCUCUACCCCUGGAGCUAGUCACCCGUACCUCUCGCAACCACCGCAUAGUCUAACUCAUGAGGAUGUCAUAGCUGAGCUAGGGACAAACUCAGAGAAUGGACUGACUUCAGCAGAAGUUAAGGAGCGCCUGGUGAAAUAUGGCCAGAAUGUGCUGGAAGGGGACGAGGGGGUCUCUCUCACGAAGAUAUUCAUUCGGCAAAUCGCCAACGCCAUGAUGCUGAUUCUGAUCAUUGCCAUGGCAGUGAGUUUCGGCAUCCAGUCAUGGAUCGAAGCUGGCUUCAUCGCCGCAGUAAUUGCCCUGAACAUCUGUGUGGGGGUAUACCAAGACUUUGCUGCUGAGAAGACAAUGGAUUCACUGCGCUCUCUUAGUUCGCCUACCGGUGUUGCGACUCGAGACGGCAACACCUCCACAGUGCCCGCGAAUGAAAUUGUGCCCGGCGAUAUGAUCGAACUAAAAGUCGGCGAUACCGUCCCAGCAGACCUGAGAUUGACCGAAGCGAUGAAUUUCGAAACAGACGAAGCGCUCCUGACUGGCGAGUCACUUCCGGUGCAGAAAGAUGCCGAGUCAACCUUCGAGGCUGACACUGGACCUGGCGACCGGCUCAAUAUUGCCUAUAGCUCUUCAACCGUCACCCGAGGCCGUGCCCGAGGUGUGGUAGUUGCGACCGGCAUGAAGACUGAGAUUGGUGCCAUCGCUACGGCAUUGCGCGAGGGCAAUUCCAAGCGUCGUACGGUGAAGCGCGGCCCUGAAGGCGAGACCAAGAAGCGAUGGUAUGUUCAGGCGUGGACGCUGACGACCACGGAUGCGAUUGGAAGGUUCCUUGGUAUCAAUGUUGGAACUCCCCUGCAGCGCAAAUUGUCGAAGUUGGCGCUUCUUCUGUUCGCUAUUGCGGUGAUCUUUGCCAUCGUAGUCGCUGGGUCCAAUGAAUGGCGAGGAGAUAAGGAAGUGAUUAUCUACGCCGUUGCAACUGGUCUUGCUAUGAUUCCUGCCUGUUUGGUUGUUGUCUUGACCAUCACAAUGGCGGUCGGAACACGCCAGAUGGUCCAGAGAAAUGUGAUUGUUCGCAAACUAGACUCGUUGGAAGCACUGGGCGCAGUCACCAAUAUCUGCUCCGACAAGACUGGCACCCUGACCCAAGGCCGCAUGGUUGCAAAGAGAGCUUGGCUUCCAUCGGUUGGGACUUACUCUGUCGGAUCGUCCAACAAUCCCUUGAAUCCGAAGGAGGGGGAUAUUAGCUUAACAGCCGAGCAGCCAAUUAAGCUCAACAAUAUGUCGAAAGGGGGCAAGCCAUCCCCUCCGGAGGACCUGCUGAAAGACAAUGAGCAAUUGAAGUCUUUCCUCAACGUGGCCGCCCUCGCCAAUCUCGCUCAUAUCCACCAAAGCUCCAACGACGAAUGGCACGCUCGCGGCGAACCUACAGACAUUGCGAUUCAAGUUUUCGCCUGGCGGUUUGACUGGGGCGCGGACCGCUGGAAAAAGGGCGAGAAGCCGAUUUGGCACAAUAAAGCUGAAUACGGCUUCGAUUCCACUGUCAAGAAAAUGUCCGUCAUAUACGCCAAGUCAGCCGAGGGGUCUGAGAAACCCCAAGAGAUGGUAUUCACCAAAGGUGCCGUUGAGCGAGUCCUUGAAUCGUGCACCAAAGUGGUCUGGGAAGCCGGAUCAGCCCCUGUCACUCUAGAUGACGAGAUGAAAGACGAGAUUCUCGAAAACAUGGAAGCACUAGCCCAAGAGGGCCUCCGCGUUCUCGCCCUCGCGGGUCGUGAGUACCAUGCCGAAGACCAUAGCACCAAUGGCAACGAACCGGUUCCCCGUGAGGAAAUCGAGAAAGAUCUCGUCUUUUACGGAUUAAUCGGUCUUUAUGAUCCGCCUCGACCUGAGACCGCCGGUGCCAUUAGACAGUGUUAUAAGGCAGGAAUCGCAGUCCACAUGGUUACUGGUGAUCAUCCCGGUACUGCGCGGGCUAUCGCUGCCCAGGUCGGAAUCAUCCCAUCAAACAUGGACACCGUUGCCAAAGACGUCGCUGAUGCCAUGGUGAUGACGGCAGGAGAAUUCGAUAAACUGACAGAGGACGAAAUCGACAAUCUGCCGACUCUUCCACUUGUCAUCGCUCGCUGUGCACCUAAUACAAAGGUCCGGAUGAUCGAUGCUUUGCACCGUCGGGGCUGCUACGUCGCCAUGACAGGCGACGGGGUCAAUGAUUCACCCUCAUUAAAGCGAGCGGAUGUCGGCAUCGCGAUGGGCCAGAAUGGAUCGGACGUAGCCAAAGAUGCCUCCGAGCUUGUCUUGACAGACGACAAUUUUGCCUCCAUCAUUAACGGUAUCGAAGAGGGCCGCCGUAUCUUUGAUAACAUCCAAAAAUUCGUCCUGCACCUUCUCGCCGAGAACGUAGCGCUCGCCUUGACGCUGCUCAUUGGUCUUGCGUUCAAGGAUACAACCAACCAAUCUGUCUUCCCCAUCUCCCCUGUCGAAAUCAUCUGGAUUAUCAUGAUCACAUCCGGUCUCCCUGACAUGGGCCUCGGAAUGGAAAUCGCAGCCCCAGACGUAAUGGACCGCCCCCCCCCAAAGCGUGCGUCUCUCAACCCCUUCCCCCCUCCCCUUCCUCACCGUGAACCUUUCCGUACUAACAUCAUGCAGAAGCAAGGAAUCUUCACCUGGGAAAUUAUAAUCGACACCCUUGUCUACGGCGUCUGGAUGGCUGCCCUCUGUCUUUCCGCCUUUUCCCUCGUCAUGUUCCGCUGGGGCGACGGGAACCUCGGCGAAGGCUGCAACACGAAGUACAACGACCCGCUCAAGCCCUACACCUGCGACACGGUAUUCCGGGCCCGCGCCACCACCUUCACCUGCAUGACGUGGUUCGCGCUCUUCCUGGCCUGGGAAAUGAUCCACCUGCGCCGCAGCUUCUUCAGCAUGCAGCCGGAGUCGAAGCGGGUGUUUACGCAGUGGAUGCAUGAUAUCUGGCGGAACCAGUUUCUGUUCUGGGGCAUUAUGGCGGGCUUUGUGCUUGCGUUUCCCAUCUUGUAUAUCCCGGUUAUUAAUCGCAGUGUGUUCAAGCAUACGUCGAUCUCGUGGGAGUGGGGCGUUGUUUUUGUGGAGACUGUGCUGUUCUUCUUGGGCAUCGAGAGUUGGAAGUGGUGUAAGCGGGUUUAUUUCCGCCGGAGGGAGUUCAGACAGAGGAAGGCAUGGGAGGGUGUGCAGGGGGAGAAGGGGAGGUUGAAGGAUUUCCAGAGAUAUCCUACUAUGAGUCGUUCGGAGACGCAAGCGACUGGGGAUCUUACUGUUGAGAGGUCGAUGGUUUAA